UGGUUGUCACGCGACAACUGCUCAUUUUUAUUUUAGAAACCAAGCUUUUGUGAUGAGACCAAGACAUGUCGGGGAAACAAGACAUGACACAGGAGACCAACAGGAGGAGUCCUGUGCUCUGCUCCACGGGCUGCGGUUUCUAUGGCAACCCCAGGAAUAACGGCAUGUGCUCCGUGUGCUACAAAGACUUUCUCCAGAGACAGAGCGGCAGCGCAUGCGCUACCACAUCUGCCGCUUCUUCUGCCCACAGCAGCAGCAGCAGGGGAGAGACUCUUCUGGCUCAAAGCUGUGACAGUACCACAAUCUCUUUACCAGCUGCUACGUCAUCUGUACCAGAAGACUCUGGACACUGCAGUGGACCGUCCACAGCCACCGCCAGAAGCAGCAGCCUGACAGCAGACUGUUUGAAAACACUCGGGGAUGAAGGAUCAGUGGACAGGACCGCAGAGACACAGAAGCCCAAAGAAGAGAAGAAGCGCUGCUUCACCUGCCGCAAGAAGGUUGGUCUGACAGGCUUUGACUGCAGGUGUGGACACAUCUUCUGCAGCCUGCACCGAUACUCUGACGAGCACAACUGCACCUUUGACUACAGAGCUGAGGGUGCAGAGAGAAUCAGGAGGGAAAACCCCAAGGUGACAGGAGAGAAGAUCCGGAAGCUCUGAAACUAGAAAAAGAUAAACAUUUAUGUCCUCGGAUAAAACUAUAUGAAAACAAAACCCCAGCAUACCUCAAACUACUGAGCUGGCUUGUAGCUUCUCUGGACAAAUGGUGUUGUUGUAAUGGAUCUGUGGGGGCCCAGGCAAACAGGAGCUGGAGGGGGCCCCACCUUGAACUUCUUUUAUUUUUAUUAAAAUACAUACCAAGGCAAACAACAACCAACCGUGUGCAAUAUACAGCAAAAACAAACAAGAUAGCUGAAGAUGAAACACAAAAAAAGCGGGCGAAAAGCUCAGGAAGGAAGGAGAACUCCAGUCAUCCAGUCAGGUGGUUGAAAGGGGGGGGGGCAUUUGGGGCCCCCCAGAUUCCCAAAUUUUUAUUGUAUAUAUACAAAAAUACAAGAUCUCACAUGAGUACAAAAAGAAGGCAAACAACAACCAACCUGAGGGACACAACAAAACAAAACAAAAAAAAAAUAGCCGAGGAUUAAAAACAAAGACAACUUAGAAACACAACUUCUGAGGUGAUUUUACUACCUGAGGCAACGAUGUAAAAAAUAUCCAGGCUGAACAGAAAUGGCAAAGAAGGGAAGGGAUUACAGUGUCUCAAUUUACAGCAGUGAAUAUUCUUCCAACAUUAUCAUUUUAUUAAUCAUAUCAGACACAUUUAGAUCAUCCAAAAAAAGAGAGAAAAUGUACCCGUUUAGUUUCACCCUGUUUAGUUCCGUUGCCACCAUCGACUAAUGUCCUUGGUAUCAUUUCUUUACAUUAAAACUAUUAAACGUAAUCAUCACUUCUGCUAAAUGUGAUGUUCCAUGACUAAAUAAAACACAGUUCCCUCAGUAUGCUGCUUCUCAAAUUGAGUGUCGUGCAAGAAAAUGCAAAAAAAAAAAAGUAUUUUGUUCCCUACAAAAAAGUGAUGGCCCUUACAUUUAAAGAUGUGCAAUAGUACAUACAGUACACCAAAGUAAUGUAACAAAAGAUAACAACACAGUUGCCUCAUUAGCAAUAUCUUGUCGUCGCAUUUUUUUGAAACAUGUCUCUUUCUGCCUUAGUUCUCUCACUCUGCUGUCACGAGCGCCCUCCUCCUCCUCCUCCCCUUCACCACCAAGUCUUUCCAUCAGAUCACCAGGUCACCAACCACGGUCACCAUCAGUGUCUGGAUUUUCCCAGUUUACAACCCUUAAGCAGACUCCCCGA